AUGGCAGAGAAAGAACCACCUGUUCCUCCUUCCAGAAAGUCCAUUUGCAGAGAGUACGAACUCAAGCCAGAAAAGCCAGAGCGUCCGAAACGGCCGCCGCUUCCUUCCAGAGCGGCAAGUUUCAACAUUCCAAAGUCAUGCGGCAUCCAGUCGAGUUUGCCUUACAAGUCGCUGGCGCUGAACGAUAUUCCCAGCGCGGUGCUGAACGAAGCAGUUCAACCAGGAAUGAACGCCGCUUCCACGCCGCGUUCUAGCGUCGAGAGCAAUUCCAGCACGAUUUCUUCGGAACACAGCAAUAACGAGGCAGGCGUCAGCGAACAACUGCGCAGAUUCCAGUCAGUUUUCAAGGUUCAAAUGGGCCAUCUUUCGAAUGCCGUUGAAAAUGGCAAAAGAAAUACAGAAAAGGAAAUUCUUCUUUUGAGGAGUAAACUUGAAGAAGCCCAACUGAACGAGAAACGAACACAAACUCUGCUCAGCGCUGCUCUCAGAAGAGAGGCGGGCUUGGAAAAAGAAGUAGCGAAGCUAGAGGAUCAGAUUGACCAGCAAAACUCGCUGCUCGAUGUUUCCAGGGACGCGACGGAUGAAAACUUGAACCUUCGACUUCAGCUGGACGAGCUCAAGCUGGAAAAUACGAGAUUGACGGCGUUUGAAAAGCUUGGAAACUGCUCGAUAUGCGUCGAGAGCUUCGACGAUUCCGAAAAGAAGAUGAGCUGCCUGAGCGUUUGCGGGCACAUGCUUUGCUCUUCCUGCGCUUCCAAAGGCGACACUUGCCCCCACUGUCGGAUCGAAUUCACUGCUACUGAUGUUUUGCACCUUUUCCCUUCUUAG